GACAUAUAUACACCAUUGACCACUACCCAAAAUCUAUCAGGUUUCUAUUGUAAAGACCUCAACAACAAUAUUUUAUAAAUUUUGACUUCUUUACUAUUCAAUAAAUUAAUAGCAUUUAAUAUAAACUAACACGGUUAUGCGCUCAGCCUCCCCUUUCUUGGAUUCAGUCUUUCAAAAAUAUGGGUACCAUAGAUGUCCUCUUUCUCUUCCUCUUCUUCUUCUUCAUUUCCACUAUGUACGCAGCAGAAGAAUGCCUAAUUUCCAUUUGUGGCCGUGGCAACAAAAGCAUCCCGAUCAGAUUUCCUUUCCGGCUACAAGGCCAGCAACCCCAACAUUGUGGUUAUCCAGGUUUCAACCUGACUUGCUAUAGCCAGAGUAUAACAGUUCUAGAAGUACCUUAUUCUGGAGACUUCUUUGUUCGACAAAUCAACUAUGACACACAAGAGAUAUUACUCUAUGAUCCUGACAAUUGCCUUCCCAGACGGCUUCUUAACUUCAACCUUUCAGGGACUCCUUUUGUUUCAGCUUUCUAUCAGAAUUACACCUUCCUUAGCUGCCCACCUUCCCUUACAAAGUCUCGGUUCACUUCCAUCGAUUGUCUAAGCAAUUCAACAAGCUCGGUUUUAGCCACCUCUUCCAGCGGUCUUGCAAAUUCAAUGUUUAGCUCAUGUGAGAUCAUUUCUACAUUGGAAAUCCCAGUUUCAGGGCCAGUCCAGUAUGAUGAAGGAUUCCCAAACAACCUUGAUAAGGAUAUCCAUUUGACAUGGUUUUUACCUGAUUGUAGUAUCUGCGAAGCACAAGGCGGUAAGUGUGGAUUAAAGAGCAACACUAGCAGAGAAAUUGAUUGCUACUAUGCCCCUGGAAAAGGCAGUUCAAAUGAUGGUCUCCAAGUGUUCAGGAUCAUUUGCUUGUCCAUUGUCGUACCAGCCAUAACAUGUGCCGUUUGCAUAGCCUGUUUUGCUUGCUUCAGAGACAGGAAUCGUCAUGGCAAUACACAACGAGGUUCCAUUGCAGUUGCAGCAGCUCCAGAACCUGCCAUUGUUGCGAUGGGUCUGGAUGAGACCACCAUUGAAUCCUAUCAGAAAGUUGUUCUUGGAGAGAGUCGGAGGCUACCAGGACCAAACGACACCACUUGCCCCAUAUGCUUGGCAGAGUAUUGCAGUAAAGAGACACUCAGAUGCAUACCAGAGUGCAAACACUGCUUCCAUGCUGACUGCAUCGACGAGUGGCUCCGACUCAAUGGUACUUGUCCAGUUUGCCGGAACACACCAUCACCUGCUCAAGCUAACUUAGAUAGUGUUUAAUUUGCAAUUGCUUCCUUACAUCACAUAUGCUUUUGCUGUGUUGAAACCCCUAUGUAAAUUUUGGCUGAUUUCUUUGGUGUCAAAUUUCUUGUCUCGUGGAUUUUUAGAAUAGAGGUCUGUACAAAUACAAGUCGCUUAUACCAAAUAUACAAAACGUUUCUUUUUUCGAUUAUAUAAUUUUUUUGCUUUCAAGAAACACAGAAUAGGUCUCCAACAAAGUAGAUCAACAUGCACACAAUCUGUUUCAAGUCGGAAGAAUCUCCCGAUUAGUCUAAUUUAGAAGUUGAAGAUAUUGCACGUUAAGGAAAGAUUUGAUUCGCAGUUCUAUCCACAAGCGAAGGGCACUAACAUUACGAGGAGGAGAAAGUUGCUUCGUUAUAUUACAAAAACAAACAUUACAGACUUACAUCAAAACAUAAAACACUACAUAGAUUAUCAUUUCUUAGCAAGCAGUUUUUUCGGAAGCUUCUCCACAGGGGUAGAUUUUAGCAAGAAAAGCCUGGCAGCACGCUCCUGCAGAGUCCCACCACAUUUUAAC